UAAUAAUUUGCUUCAUUUUGUAUUUUCAGGUUGCAAGUGAUAGCUCAGCUCACUUCUUCUUGUUCGUGGACAGUCUGGCACCGAUGGAUAUUGUGGUGUCCUAUUCUGUCUUGGCUAAAUGGUUUGACUCGCCAGCGCUGCAUAAUGAUGAGAGAGAAAGAAAAUCUAGUGUUCAGUCAAAACAGAGCCAAAAAGAAACUGAACUUAGUUUGGCACUGAACUUAGAUGACAAACCAUUACAGACAGGAAGUGAGCAAAAAAUACCAGCAACAAUAGUGCCAGGAACACUCAUAGCCGAGCCAUUUUCAUGGAAAAGCUUGGUAACUGGCCAACCUAUUCUUAGACUGAGGACAACUGGAACCAAAUCCGCAUUACUGAGUCUACCACCUGGACGUCAUGUUCUGAGGUUCACUGCCACCUCUCCCUUGGGUCACCACAUUCACAUGUGUUCAUCAGUCAACUUUUUCAUAGGAGAUGAGGAGACUGUAAUGCCUCAGUUAACUAGUGAGAGCCUUCGUUUUCGUGAAUAUGCCACACAGUUGAUUGCCAACCUGGGAAAAUGUUUGCUGGGAUUCUCAGAUGCUCAGAAGUUCAGCAUGGCUUCAGCAGAUCUUGUAAAAAGUUACUGUCCAUAUCUGGACAAUAAGCAGAUGUCUAAGACUCACAACUUUCAGCUUUUCAAAGAUGCCUUGUACCAGAUGCUUAGUAAAGGCCUGAAGGACCUCUCCCCAGAGAUAUCCUUUGCCUGGCGUGCAUUUAACUUUGAUGUUACAACACCCAAUAUCCUAUCAAUACCAGUUGGCAGCCGACCAG